ACUGUAAAAUUCACGGAAUUAAUUUUCGCCGUUGCGAGGCAAAACGUCAGUUGAGAAAUAAAUGGCGGAUCGAUUGUAAGUGUAGCGGAAGAAGUGCGUGUCGAAUUUUCCAUAAUUUACGGGCAGUGCAAAAAUAAUAUAUACACAUAUUGUGAAAAAAAAAUAGUUUAAAAUAUCAACACAAUCAUAUAUAAUUAAGCUUCCAGUUUAUAGUAGUUCUGCGUGUUAUAAUACUCGUUAUUGUGCUUCGAUUUAAAAAUAUAGCAAAUUGUUAAAAAAAAAGUGCGUAAUAUACCAGGUAGUUAGUGUCAAACGCUUCUAAAACACAACAAAAAUCCAUACCAGCUGCAUAAACAGUUAUUUUGGUAUACAAAGGUGCGGCUCGCCUGUAAUCUUGGCAACUAGCGCCUUGUGCAAGCAACAGCAUUACUUCAGCGCCUGCAACUCAAAAAGGCAUUCAAUUGUGCAUCUCAGAGACAUAUUAACAUGCAUACAACCACAACAUUGCGGAAAUGUUGUGGCACUUUGAAUAUUGACAAAUGCUGAAACUUCAACAACAACAGCAACAAUAAAAACGCUUGUUUUAAAGCAAAUCCACGAAGCGGCAUUAAAAGCAGCGAUUUCAAGCACACCAUGUCGCUACCAACUUAACUGCGGAGAAUUGUUACACAAAAUACAAUAAAAGCAAAGAAACAAAAAAUUACAACAAAACAGAAGUAUCCAACAAAAAAAUAAAACAAAUCCACCACUAAAAACAAAAACAAUCAGCAAAUCCGCCAAGAAGCAACGCAACAAAAGUUUUCCAGCCCUUCCGAGUCUCAGCGUUUUUCAAGCGUAGUCCGUUUUUUUACGAGACUUUUUACUCAAAACCGCAACACCUUUUAGUGCUUAUUUUAAUUAUUUUAACUCAACACGCGCAAAACAUAGCAAAACCGUUACAACAACCUUUGUAAAAUCGCUCAAGUGUGCUUUGAGUUCGUUUGCGCUUCGUUUUUCUUUUUGUUAUUAGUUUUUUUGGGUGUUUUUAACCAAGCUCUUCGUUUGUUGUGCGCUGCCGAUGUAAUUUUCCCUCGUCGCAGCUAACCCCGAAAGUGUUUCGUUACAUUGUUUUUCGGCCAAACAGCGAUAUCCGGUUUGUGCGUCUAUUGGUGUAAAACUGUAUGACAUUACUUGGGCCUAGCGCCCCUGGUAUGGCCUUUAUGAUGAAAAAGAAAAAGUAUAAGUUCAAUGUUGAGGUACAAUUACAAGAGCUCUCCGAGGUGGCGCUCGUAAAUGAGGUGCUGUUCGCGAAAAUACGUCUACUGGAUGGUGGUUCGUUUCAGGAGUACAGCAGCAGAGAGGAGGUGCGCGAUCAUCGUGUAGUAUGGAAUCGCAACUUCGAGUUUCCCUGCAAAAUGUCCGCCAAUGCAUCCACAGGCGUAUUGGAUCCCUGCUAUUUACGCAUCUCCAUACGCAAAGAGAUGAAGGGCGGACGUAGUUAUUUUAAGUUAGGUUUUAUCGAUAUAAAUCUUGCCGAAUUCGCUGGCGCCGGCCUGACGUCACGACGCUUUCUGCUCGAAGGCUAUGACUCGCGUCAUCGUCUGGACAAUUCCAUGCUGCUGGUAUCCAUCAAAAUGCACAUGCUCAGCGGUGAUAUACUCUUCAAGGCACCCACGCCGAACCUGAAGAGCAAACAGAAACCCUCAACGGAUGACCUGGCUACCGCGUCGACGGGUGUGGGCCUGCAGACGCCCACCGCCACAGCGUUGCCCAGCAUGGGUGGCGGUGUCGGCAGUAGCGGACCCAGCGUGGGCGGCGGAAGUCAAGGCAUACCGGUUAGCGUUGGUGGCGCUACGCUAGGCGGCGGACUCAAUAGCACGACCAGCACGCGUCCCGUCUCCACCGUGCGCGAGGAUGAUUUGGACCCUCAAGUAGUGAUCGCUUCGAUUGUGACGGACUCCGGCUUGUCGGAAUCUUCCGAAUCGGCUACUACACUCACCACAGAAGCGUUGCUGUUGCAGCAACAACAACAGUUUAUCGCUUAUCCACCGCAAAAUACGUUAGGCUCAACGACAACAACAACAACCACAGUCGUGACAUUGACGAAUGCACAACAAAUGCAGCCAUACGCUGGCAUUGGCAGCAGCACCAGCGGUGGCGGCGCGGCGUCCACUAUGGGCAUAGUCGGUAGCAACAAUUGCGGCACGACCAGCGCGAAUGUGAUGGGCGGCGGCGGCCUGGGUGGCACUACCGGCACGUCGUCGAUUAUGGAAAUGGGCCACUCGCGUAAUUCCAGCAACACUAGUCAAAUGUCGAAGGGUUCGGGUUAUAGCAGUUUUUCGCACAGUCAACAUUCGAGGCAAAGUUCUGAAGGCGAUUCGGGGCAUGCAAGAUUCAGCAAAUCCGUUUCUCUACUUAAUAGACUCAAUCAGAAAACCGCCAACGCCAUGAAGCUAAAUAUACCAGCGUUGAAUCAUCAACAACAGCCAACGGAAACUAUCUGCGAGUAUGAAUGCGAAGAGUUGCUCUUUCAAACGCCGAACUCAACCAUGCGCGAUGAGGAGUUCCGCACGCCACUCAACGAAAUGCCACCCUCAACCAAUAGCUCUCUAUCGAUUUACGGUGAAAAGUUUGUGCUUAGCACACCCUCGCCCACGUAUCGCAGCGUGGCGAGCAACAGCCGCAGCGGAUCGCGCGCCUCACAGAUUUACGAAAGCGGCAGCGCCAGCGGUGUUAGUGGCAGUGGCAGCGGCAGCGGUGAAUCGGGCUCGGAGGAGACCGCAGACGACUCGGGUUUGGAUGAGAAUUUCCAUACGCCGCGCGUGGCCAAAAUCAAAUCGAUGGAGAAUCUCUCCAUCAUCGAAAUGGAGUUUCAUCGCGCMUCACAGGAGUUGGAUCGCAAUUCGCCGCGUCGCCUGAAGUUGCUGGCCGAAAAUGGCGGUCAUAUACACAAAAUGCGUUCGCUUAGCAAUUUGCGUUUCGAUGAUUAUAGCGAAGAGCAGAUCCGCGAGGAAUUGUUGCGCAUACGYGAACGCGCGYUGGARGAGAAGCAUCGCUUCAAUUUGCAGCAGCGCAAAAAUUCCACCUCAUCCACGAAUUCGGGCAAGUUGUUUGUGAAGAACAAAGUGGGUAAUGCCAAGUUUAUUGGCAACGAUGAYAGCCCACUGCCACAGCAGCCAAACAACCAGCAACCGCCCUUGUUUCUGCAGCGUGGCUCACACUAUCCCAUACAGAAGAUGCGUUCGAUGGGCACCAUACCGGAUUUGGUGACGGAACGCAUCGAACCGGAUCCGUUUCUCACGCCGACUUCGGGUCGCAAGCCGAAUUUCCCGCUGGUCACACAGUCGGCGGAGAAACCCUCACCGCCAUCGUUCGUUGCRCGCAUACUUAACUAYGAUGUCGUGGACUCACCGUCCACGAAUAGCCAUAAUCAGCAGCAGCAACCACAACACCACACACACGGCUCCCUAACCGAGCUCUAUACACAGGAUCGUGUGAGCAAGUUGUUGUCGAAUGAUCCGAGCACUGCGUUGUCGUUUAUGUCGCGUACGCCGUUCGAGCGCGCCUAUCGUCGCACGUUGCUGAAGAGUUCGACGCCGUUGCGUCAGGCGCACGGCUAUACACAGUACACUACGUUGGAGCAGCAGGAACUGCAGCAGGGGCCGCUUCUGGCRCGUCCGCAUUCGACGAACGCCGCCUACGAGUUAAUGAGGAACCCCAGUUCCGGUUCGUUAGUCAUAAGUGAAACAGGAUCUCUGGAUCGCAUGAAGAAUGCGGCGGAGAAGCGCAAGAAGGGACCGCUGGAUGAUGGGCCACGCGUGUCGGAUCGCGUCGAGGAGACGCGCGUCAAUCCCAAUUCGCUAAUCGAUGAAAUACUGAAGGAUACCAAAUUGGAUCAGUUAGCCGAAUCGGCGGAGACAUCCGGCCUGCAGCUGUAUAUAGCACGCGACGGCACCGCCUCGUUGGGCAGCCACGAGGUGAAAGCGCGCGUGCCGACCGGCGCCUUCAAGCAGGUCGUCAUGAAGAAUCCAAGAUAGUAGCGUAAAUUGUAAGACUCGUAAGUCGGAAGCAAGAAGACUACAAACUAUACACUAACUACUACAACAACAACAUGCGUAUACUAUAUGUACAUGCAGACAUGCCCGCACAUGCACAAGCAAAGCAGUGUGGCAUGCCGCCGUGGAAGCGAAGUGCAACAGAGGAAUUUCAUAACCCAACCAACAAAAGCAGUAAUAGCAACAACAGCACUAACUACAACAACAACAACUACUGCUACAAACUGCGGAAACCGUAUAUAUACAUACACAUACAUAUAUAUAAUAAAUAAUUGAAAAUAAAAUGCAAAACUAAUAAUAAAUAUAAAAUUAUUUAUAGCAUAAAUAAAUACAUACAUACAUAAUAUAUAAAAGUGCUAAAGCUAAAGAAAAAUUGUAACUGUAACGAAAAUGUAAGCCAGCAAAACCAGCAAAACAAACAGCAAGUGUAUGCGCAAGCAAGUUGUCAGCCGAAGUACUAGCAAACUAACCAACAACAAAAAGGCAAAAAUUAAGCAUAAAACAUACAUACAUACAACACGUCUACUAACCACAUACAAGCAUAACAAAUUUCAUACGUAUAUCCACUAACAACAUGUAAAUCCUAGAAAUCAUUAAUCCAUCAGCCAACUCCAACAAAAACAUCACCCAACUCAAGCCAUUAUCACUAAGCUAAAAAGCAAAGUUAGCAAAUACAAACAACAACAAUGUGUAAAAGUAUAAAUUUCAAGYGUGUAACGGUAUUAAGGAAGCCUUGGCGCUCAAAAAUAAGAGCCAGGCGCGUCCGGUUUUAGAAAUUUUGCAAGUAACUUGCAUACACACAUACAACAUAACCUCAAAACUCGCAAAUCGGCUGCAUUUCUAAGUCAGCAAACGAGCACAUUAGACAAAACUAAACUUUCGGCAACGAUCAUAAGUGUGAGUAAUUUGUAUUGGCUUGUUUUAAAAAAUAGUAAACUCAUUGAUUAUGAUAUGGGCAAGGAAAGAGGUCAGAAACAUUUACGUAAAGUGCAUAUGAUAGGCAGGCGUAAUAAAUAGUAGCCGCAAAGCAUAUUUGAAAAUGAUUUUGCAUUUUAUUUCAAAAAAAUCGRAAGCUUUUAAGCCUAAUUUGAACAUUUGGCGACAUAAAUUUCAAAAGCUUUUGGAAAUUAUGACUUUGACCACUAAAAAUAGUAAAAGUAACGUGAAACGACUUCAGAGCUUUAAAUAAGCUUUUGUAAAACAACAAUAUCACCAAUAUUUAGAAAUUUUAAAUUAAAAACAGCUUUCUUACAAAAAAAAAAAAAAAAAAAAA